UUUUUCUACUCAAACCAUCAUACCUUUUCUUCCUAUACAGACUUAGCUUUGGAAUCAAACCCUUCUGACCAUCCAAGGGCAAGCACAAUUUUCCUGAGCAAAUCUCAAACGGAUGUGCGAGAAAAGAGGAAGAGCAACCAUUUAAACCAUGUAUCUCCAGGGCAGCUUACUAAAAAGUAUAGCUCAUGCUCAACAAUAUUUCUAGAUGACAGCACAGUCAGCCAGCCUAAUCUUAGAACCACAAUAAAAUGUGUGACCUUAGCAAUAUACUACCACAUAAAGAACAGAGAUGCAAAUAGAUCCUUGGAUAUUUUUGAUGAGAGAUCACAUCCACUCACACGAGAAAAAGUUCCAGAGGAGUACUUUAAGCAUGAUCCUGAACACAAAUUUAUUUACAGAUUUGUUCGUACUCUUUUCAGUGCUGCACAGCUAACAGCCGAAUGUGCAAUAGUAACUUUGGUUUACUUAGAAAGGCUUUUAACUUAUGCUGAGAUCGACAUUUGUCCCACUAACUGGAAAAGAAUUGUUUUGGGAGCCAUUCUUCUUGCCUCCAAGGUUUGGGACGAUCAGGCUGUAUGGAAUGUGGACUACUGCCAGAUCCUCAAGGACAUUACAGUUGAGGACAUGAAUGAGAUGGAAAGGCAUUUUUUGGAGCUACUUCAGUUUAAUAUUAAUGUUCCCGCCAGUGUUUAUGCCAAAUACUACUUUGACCUUCGCUCCUUAGCAGAUGACAACAACUUGAAUUUUCUGUUUGCUCCUCUUAGCAAAGAAAGAGCACAGAACCUAGAGGCCAUUUCCAGGUUGUGUGAAGACAAAUACAAAGACUUGUGCAGAGCUGCUAUGAGAAGGUCUUUCAGCGCUGAUAAUUUCAUUGGUAUUCAGCGCUCUAAUGCCAUCCUCUCUUAAGGGAGGAAGGAGGGGUUGUAACAUCACGAACCCCUCGCCUACAAGGACUGGAGAAAUACCACCUCUCCUCAAAAACCAGCAAAGUUAGUAUUUUCACCUAAAAGAAAGUCAAGAGACUCGUGGACCGCAAGGAUUAUGCUCAUAGGAAAGAAUGGAACUUGUCAAUGCAACACACUCCUUUGUCCUUUUUAAUGUAAACAGAGUUACAAAAACCACUCCAAAGCAAAAGCUCCAACCCACACACAGAUAUUUGCUUACUAUGUAGGCUUAUAGCUGUGAGCUAAGUGAGGUUUUAACAUUUUUAGACAAGACACUAACUAUAUAUAACUUUUAUGUUUUUCUAUUUUUCUUGCCCCUCCCUCAUUUUGCUGCAUAUUUCUUUAGAAUCAAUGCAGUAUUACCACUGAAACAUGGGACUCCUAACAACUCAUAAAGCCACUUAGGAACAGACUGUAGCGUUGUGAGGUAUCGAAGGGUUCUUCCUCCCUACUUUACCAUUGAAGCUGCUGGUCGUUAUUGGCAAUCCGUUUAAACCAAAAAGCUGCCGAAUAACACUUGUCGUUCAAAUUCUUUGCAAGCACUACUUAUUAGCGUUAUUAGUAUGUUUGGGAUCAUAAACAAGAGAAAGUACAUUAUCGAUUAUCUACUUCUAUUGGGUCCAUGCUGCAUUUCUUGUGAACUAUAAUGGUGCUUCUCAUUUUCUGACGAUUUUCCUCUUUGUUAAAUGCGUGUAUUAAAAUAUAUUUUCAUAAUUCCAACCAACAUGGUGGUCCAGUGGUAACAAGCAGGUAGUGAAAUAGAAGGUGUCCUGAAAAUCUUAUUGCAACUUUCAGCUUAAAUAUGGUGUGCUUGGGCCCUCCAGGGCCCUGCUGAAGUAUAAAUGCCACAGACUUACAAAAUAUCACUUGAAAGUUUAAUUACAUUUCUAGUAAACUUCUCUAGUUUUGUAAAUUUUAAAUAUUAAGCUUUUAAUUUUAAUUUUUUGUUUCAGCCCCUCUUGAAGAUGGCAAACAUUGGCUGAAGCAAAAAAUUAAAAUUAGAAGUUUAAUAUUUAGAAUUUACAAAACUAGUUAAGUUUACAAGAAAUACCUAAACUUUUAAAUGGUGUUUUGUAAGUUUGUAGCAUUUAUACUUCCACAGGUAUCAAAGCUUAAAGUUGCACUAAGACUUUAAAGAUUGUACCUUGUACCUUCAUAGACAUGCCCUCCCCUUUGAAAGUAGUCCUUUGCAGGGCUGUGCCGUUUACCUGCUUUGAUCACCUGAGUUUCUUUUUUCUAGAUUUGGUAAGGAUUAUGAAGAGCAAUGGUAAUUCACAUGUAAUAAACUGAAAUGAAUUGGACUCUAAUAGUAGUGAUAUGAAAGUAGGGGAUAGGAAACCGCUUUUCUAUCCUACGUGUUAACCUGGCUGGAGAUGUCUCGUUUCAAGUCCUGCUAUUUAAGAGGAACCCUCACCUCAGGCUUUAAAGGGCAGGGAGUUAAGAAAUCAAUCUUCCAGGACAUUGGUAAUGAUGUCACCUAAACUUGAAAUGUUAAAAAAAAAAAAAAAAGAAAAAAAAGAUUCGUGUUCUUAACCA